CGUGGCUAAUCUGAGCCAACAACAACGAAAAUGUUGCUGCAGUUGUGUCGUUCUUUCUUGUGUGUUUCGCUAUAUUUAGUCAUUCUUUCUUCAAUUUGUACCGAGGCAGAAUUCAUAACUCAACCAGUAUCAUUGAAUACAAGUCUUAAUUCAACUGUGACCUUUACUUGUGAAGCAAUUGGGGUUUCUUUCAUAUUCUUUAUUGUUAAUGAAGCACCAGCAUCUCAAGAUACCAAUGCUAACAGAAGAUUUGAAGAAAUAGCCCAAGAAACCAUUAAUGGAACUAUAAGAAGAAGACAGCUAUCAGUUCAUGCAAGAGAAAUCAAUAAUAAUACUUGUGUGUAUUGCUUUGCUUCUCCUGAUAAUAUAAGGAGUGGCAAUGCUACACUAACAAUACAAGGUAUAGUAAUGUAUCAGUUUAAUUGUGUCAUUAGUCACUUCUUUAGGUCUAUUAGAUAG